CGGGCGCGGCGCCGGGGAGGGCGCGGCGGGGCCUGGGGCCGUCCAACCGGGGCCUCCGCCGCCGCCGUCCGCCGAGGCCAAGUGGAAGAGCGGAGCGCGGAGAGCAGCGAUGGGAGCCGGAGGAGGGUCCCCGGGGCAGGCGGCAUGUCUGCGGCAGAUCCUGCUGCUGCAGCUGGACCUCAUCGAGCAGCAGCAGCAGCAGCUGCAGGCCAAGGAGCGGCAGAUCGAGGAGCUCAAGGCCGAGCGGGACACGCUCCUGGCGCGCAUCGAGCGCAUGGAAAGGCGAGUGCAGCUGGUGAAGAAGGACAGCGAGCGGGACAAGCACCGCAUCUUCCAGGGCUUCGAGGUGGACGAGAAGCUGGAGGCAGAAGCCUGCGAGAAGCUGCCCUUGGAGUGUCCUCAGGACCUGCUGGAGCCCCCCCCGACCCUCCAGCCCAAGCACUUCCCCUACGGCCGCAACGGGAAGGGGCAUAAAAGGAAACCAGCGUUCGGGAGCACCGAGAGGAAGACGCCCGUUAAAAAACUGGUGUCCGAGUUCCCCAAAGUGAAGAGUAAAACUCCAAAGCACUCCCCGGGGAAGGAGGAAUCCGGCUCCUUGUCCGAAACUGUUUGUAAACGGGAACUGCGGAGCCAAGAGACUCCGGAAAAACCCAGGGCGCUCCUGGAGACCCCGCUCCGAGCCUCGUCCCUGCCCAAGGGCCCCGGUGCCCACCCCAAGGAGAAGAGCUUCUUCAGCAGCGAGGCAGAUGACCUGCCCUAUCUGUCCACCACGGAAAUGUACCUGUGCCGCUGGCACCAGCCGCCGCCGUCACCGCUGCCAUUGCGGGAGCCCUCCCCAAAGAAGGAGGAGACUGUGGCAAUUCCAUCUUGGAGGGACCAUGUUGUGGAGCCCCUGAGAGACCCCAACCCCUCAGACAUCCUGGAGAACCUGGACGACAGCGUCUUUUCCAAGCGGCACGCGAAGCUGGAGCUGGAUGAAAAACGAAGGAAAAGGUGGGACAUCCAGCGGAUCAGGGAACAGAGAAUUCUACAGCGGCUGCAGCUCCGAAUGUACAAAAGGAAAGGGAUUCAGGAGUCGGAACCUGAAGUUACCUCAUUUUUCCCUGAGCCAGAUGAUGUGGAAAGCUUGCUCAUCACCCCUUACCUGCCCGUCGUCGCCUUCGGCCGGCCCCUACCAAAACUGACCCCACAGAACUUCGAGCUGCCCUGGCUGGACGAGCGCAGCCGCUGCCGGUUGGAGGUGCAGAAGAAGCAGACUCCGCACCGGACCUGUCGGAAGUAGCUCCGGGCAUCCCUGGCUCAUCCCACACCGUGUUCCAUGGACGGCUCCAUCCUUCCAUGAUCCCAGUUCUGUUCCUUGGGUUUCACAAGCGUUCUUCGGACUCAUCUCCCUGUGCCGCACACGGAUGAGGCUCCCCCCGUAUCCCACCCGCUCCGGUCCCAACGGCAGCUCAUGGGCCCCAGCCCCAUCCUUGGUGCCCGUGUUUGGGACACUGUGGACACGCAGCGUGGAGCCGGUGCUCGGGAAUGCUGCAUCCCGAUGGGAAUUGCUGCCUUGUUGUUUAGUUAGGAACCGGGAUGAACACCGGGGCGCCGGGAAGCACCGGGAGCGCUCUUUGGGAUGUUGGUCCCCCUCUCAGUGGCUGUGACAGGGGCUGGGGAGGG